CGAGGCGGCCGCGAGCGUCGCGCAUUCGCCGGCGAGCGCUCGACGAGAGUGGUAGGCGGUCGCUUAUCUCGCUCUCUCUCCGUCUUUUUCGCGCGCGCGACCCGUUUGUUCGCCACCCGUGCGCUCGUCGAGUACGCACUCGGUACGGAAAGUACACACCGCGAUAACGCGAACGACUCUCCGAAGUGUGACUUCUCCGAAAACACCCUUCUUGUGUGUGGGAUUUCGAAAUUCUACUACUCUUCUUCACUCGUGUGCUCUUUAAAGUCGAGCUUAGCCAGAGUGCGAACUUGGAUCGACGUUGUGAUCGUCGAAUCUCGGAAUUGUGAAGCAGUGCUUGAGAGAGAGAGAGCUCUGGCUUUCAGUGGAUUUGUUGAAUCUCCAAACAUUUUACUUCGAUCUCAUGUGAUAUGGCAACUGAAUUAUCUUUGUUUCUUGUCGAACUAGGAUUGUUAGAUUCCAAUCAUAGUCGCGCAAGUGUCGAUAAUCGUUGAUCUACCAGCGUAACGUCGGGACGAGCGAGCACGUUCGAGAGCCUCGCGCUUUCGAGGUGCGAACGAGGGGAGCCAGCAUCGUAAUUCCGAGUCGCGAGCGUGCCGUCAGGUUCGACGUCCGGAAUAAGCGGAGCAGCGGAAAUAUAAGGAAACGGAGGAAUUCGGGGAGAAAAGAAGAAACCGGGGAGAAAACAAGAGAAAAGAAAUGCGCUCUCGUGAUGAACUUGCCAACGCUCGAUUAGCGUUUAAAGCAGCGAAGCGUAUUAUUGUCGCCCGCUGAGAGAAAGUUGACAGUUGCAAAUCAGCUGAAAUCCUCGGCUUCCACUUGUAAAAAUAAAUACCUCGAGAAGCAGCGUUAGUCUUUCGAAAAUACCGAAUGAUUUCAUGUUAUCGUCGAGUAGUCGGUAAACAGAGUCAAGUGCGCAAAGAUUUUCCGUAAAAGCUGGCCGAGAGAAUCUCAUUCUUCGUAGAAAGGAAAGAAGAGAGGGAUGAAACUGCGUCUCGUGCGUCUCGUCAGCGUCAAAAUACCAGGGAAUCGUGAUAAGAUAGCGACGGCCUCGUUCCCGGUUAAUAAAUAGUCAUCGAAACUCGACGAGACAGGUUGCGAUCUCUAGACGAAGGACGAUUGCGACACCGGCUGCCGUUUCUGUCUCGAUCCAACCCGAAUCGGAGUCGCGAGUGUCAACUUGAUUCACGGGGUUUCGCAAGAAUCAACGUCGCGCACGACCGGAAAAGGGAUUGUGUUACUCAAUGAGCUUUUAUAGCGUCAUUAAAGAUCACGUGCGAGGAAGAAUCGCGCUCGAAUGUGUCGGGAUUCGCGUAAUCGCAGUUACGUUCGUUCACCGGUUGGAAAACGACGAGAGCGAGAGCAUCGGCUGUCUAUUCAUCAACCAUUCAGCCACCAUUUCUUCCUAGUCGUCGGGGAUUAACGGGGAAGGUUCCAAUUACCGUUGCCAUUAAUAGUUCCGUAUCUAACCGCCGACGACUUCUCGAAUGAUUAAUUGAUAACUGCAAUUAAAUACCUAGUCGAAGCGAAGAACGAGAACGGCUUUAAACAUCUUUACUUAUCGAGCAUCAGACUGACAUCUUCUCUCCUUACAUCUUUUGCAAUUCUUUGUUUAUCUCCCACAUCGACAGAAGAUUCCAAGUUGACGUCGCGAUCGAAACAUUUUCGAUAAUUUGGAAUUUCAUCGCCGAGGAAUUAAUCUGAAUCGAUAAUUGAUCGAUGUAUUAUCAAUCGAACAAUAUAUUAUCGAAAUAAGUAACAUCGAUCAUUUUAUUAAAAAUGAAAUGAAUAACGAAGUUCUGAAAAUUAACUAGUGAUUGAUCAUUUCUGUAACUCUCAUAAUCGAACUGACGACUGACCGAUCGCUAGAAUAAUUAAUUAAACAGUGCCGUCGCGAUUAUCGUGAAUGCCCGGUGCACGUGCGAUCACAUAAGUAAGUGUCCCGACGAGGACCUGAAUGUGAGUGCGGCGGUAAAGUGCAAAGUGAUGUAAUUGGUGCAUCCGCUGCGGAGGCGAUGUGUGAUACCAGUUCGAAUGACACUUAAUCUACGCAGCUGAUGACAAACGUAAAUAGGAUCAAGGUGGUCGUCCUCGGCGGCCCCAGAGUCGGCAAGUCAGCCGUGGUUGUGCGGUACUUGACGAGGCGAUACAUCGGCGAGUACAGCUCGACCAGUGAUUUCCUCUACCGACACAGUGUUACUAUCGACAAUGUUACAACGGAAGUCGAGAUACUUGAUACUUCCAGGUGCGAGGAGAACGGCUGUCUCUAUUCGCAUAUACGAUGGGGCGAGGCCUUCGUGGUUGUCUACAGCGUGACAUGUAAACGUAGCUUUCAGGAAGCUCGCGGACUCCUCAAGCAACUCGCGGAUCUACGCCUGCCAUCCUACUUCACUGCCCUCCUCCUCGGCAACAAGAGAGAUCUGGACCAUGCUCGAGAAGUAUGCGUGGACGAAGGCCAACAAUUGUCCUUGGCGCAUGGAUGUCAGUUCUACGAGGUAAGCGCCGCGGAGAGUCCUGCGGGGGCGGCAUUGGCCUUUCAAGCACUCCUGCGGGAGGCGAGAUCGGUCCAGCUCUUGCGAGCGUUACCGAUUCGCCGGAAACUCGGGGUACACUCGGUCUCGAGGGUCCUCGGGACGAUCUUCGGCAAGAACACCACCAAGGACCGUAAGAAGAGGCCGUCGUUGAGUAUAUGACGCCUUCUAUGCGCCCUCCUUCUCGGUGGACGAGACGAUCCGGGUAGAAGGACCGACAUCGUCGUCCUCAGCAGCAACGUCUACUCCAAUCGCUGACGAGGUCCUCGGCAACAACGAAGAAUCUCCCUUUGUGCUUUCCUGAUUUCUGAAGGAAAUCCCACUGAAAUCAGAAAAUCGUUUUCGAUUUUAAAAGCUUCUUUUAAUAAGAAAAUGAUUUUUACGAAGCAUUUUGAUGACAAAAUGCAUUCACUAGUAACAAACAAGCUGCCGAAGUCCUCGAGCAUUCGGGGUCUAAAACUCCGAGGAUGUAAGACUGAUUUUCUGAUAUGAGAUCGACGCAUAGGAUCUAAUAUUCGAGAUGCCUUGGAAGCCUGAAGCAUGUGAAUUUAAUAAAAAAAAAUAUCUAAGCUUUUCUGCGACAUGUGACAGUCGGAAGAUCCAAGUUCCGAGAAGAUUCGAUUUACUGGAGGGCGACAUCAUUCUUUAAGAAAACUGUAUUUCGAGUGUCGAAAGAGGACGUUCGCGUGAUGCUCACAAGUGUGAUUCCGCUUUUGGUGAUGUUUACGGAUUCUCCCGAGAGAGAAGCGAAUCAACGCGGGAUUCAGAAAUUAUUCGUGCUUGAUGUGUGCGUUAAAGGUACUUUUUUAAAUAAUGCUAUAUAGCGUUUUACAGUGAUUACAAGUGACUGGCAAGUUGUUCCUGAACGGCGUAAUUCUUAAGAUGAUUUACUGAAAAAAUGAUUUUUCGGUUGCAAAUUUUGGUCUCAAAACCGUGAGUGCAAAUUUUGUAAUUUGGGAUAAUACUUGCACAUCAUUUGGCAUCUAAGUUAUUACGUUAUUAACUCUAAACAGUAUAAAACAGAACCUGCACGUAUUUAUUUCUUUUUAUUACAUUUAUAAAUCUAAC